AGUUAGUCUUGCCUUCUUCACAGCAGUAAGCCGUAGGUCGAGAACGAGAUGUAAAUAAGCGAAUCUGACGGUCUAGAUAACAGUAGACCUCUUUAUUUACUAGAAAACAACAACAUUUAGUCAGAAUGGUUUUGUUGACUUGUCUAACGGUGUUUUUGCUGAGCGCCUUGGUCGAGGGAGCAGAGAAGAAAGAGGGAGAUGACGAGUGGGUUCAUCUGCCUAAUAAAUGUGAAGUGUGUAAGUUCGUCAGUAUUGAGAUGAAGUCUGCCUUUGACGAAACGGGCAAAACCAAGGAAGUGAUCGAGAGAAACUACCGUUUCCUUGACGGCAACAAGGGAGCUCCGCCAAUCAAAUAUGUCAAGUCAGACAUCCGUUUCAUUGAGGUUGUGGAGAAUGUGUGUCAGAGGCUCUCUGGCUACAACCUACACAAGGAGAGAGAGGGCAGCAACCGCUUUGCCAAGGGUAUGUCAGAGACCUUCUCUACCCUCCAUGGGCUGGUCCAUAAAGGGGUCAAGGUCGUCAUGGAUAUCCCCUAUGAACUUUGGAACGAAACCUCUGCAGAGGUCGCUGACCUCAAAAAACAGUGUGAUGUUAUGGUAGAGAAGUACGAGGAGGUUAUAGAGGACUGGUACAAAGGCAGUCAGGAGGAAGACCUCACCACGUACCUCUGUGAGAAACACGUUCUGAAGGGACAAGAUGCCGCCUGUCUGAAAGAGGAGUACUCUAAGAAGAAGGGAGAUGCGGCAGCCAUCGCCGAGGACAAGAAGAAGAAAAAGAAGAAGGGAACGAAGAGCAAAGACCUGGGAGGAGGAGGAGGGAGUGAGGGCGGCAGGCAGGAAGGAGAGAAGACGAUGAAGAAAAAGAAGAAGGAGAAGGUGAAGAAGAAGAAGAAGAAGGGGAAGGGAAAGGCCGUAUCAGCUGAGAAGGAGAGGGAUGGGGUCUCGUCGGAUGAAGACAUUCAGAAAAAGGUGGCUCUGCCUGGGAAGAACACAGAGCUGUGAGACCCUGGAGGAAUGGAGCCCUGGGCCAAUUCCCAAAAUGGCACACUAUUCCCUACAUAGCGCACUACUCCCUUGGUCAAAAGUAGGUCACCUAAUAGGGAAUAGGGUGCUGUUUUGUGACGCAAGCCUAGAACCAGGGGACUGGGAUGAUUGAUCGGGGGGCAUAACGGAGACAUAUGCAUCUCUGUCUCUUUCCACUUUCCUUCUAAUUUCCCCCCCAGUGAUUAUUUGAUUUGGAGUCCCCCCCCCAGUGAUGAUUUGAUUUGGAGUCCCCCCCCCAGUGAUGAUUUGAUUUGGAGUCCCC